AUCAGAUUGUGGGUGGAUGUGUGGACAGGAAGUUCAUUACUCAGAAUGUGUGUAUUUGCUUGCCGAAGUGUCACACACUAAGCACAGCUCAUAGAAGUGUUCAGUCGACAUGUUUUUAAAAUGGAUUACAAACUGCCUUUUAUUUUUUACUUUAACUUUUCUCCCAAAUACAGAUGCGGAGAAUGAUUUCAGAGCAGUUGAAGGACAAAUUGUCAGUCUGCCCUGCCACUCACUCUCUGAUGACAGUGUACAAGUUUCUGUAGAGUGGACAAAACAUAGUGCAAGCGGCACAACUAUUUGUAAAUGGUAUAUUAAUAACAUUACUGGAUCUAUCACUGGAGAAUGCAUUCCUCGUUUCAAAUUCAACAACAAGUCUUUUACACUAAGUAUAGAAAAUGUUCAGCUCAGUGACUCUGGUAAUUACAGCUGUAAAACAACAAUAUUAAUUCCACCACCAUCACAAGGCGAUACCACAAAUGUGACACUCCAAGUUGAAGCUCGUCCACGUCUGCAGAAACUGGACAGCAGUAAUGGCACCUGUAUCCAUCUGCUCUGCUCUAUGGAGGAUCUGACCACUGAGUUGGUGAACUUCACCUGGAGCCGAGAGGGUCAUGGGUCACUUCAUCCAUUCACAUCUAAUGCCAUGAAGAGCGAGCUGCGUCUGUGUAAACCUGACUGGAGUGACGGAGACACAAUCACCUGUUACGCCAAUUACUCAAGCACACAAACCCAAAGAAGUAUACAUCUCACUUCACAGAAAGAAUCUGUCAAAGAAUUCGAAAAUAACUUUCCAGUUGUUUGCAUGGCCAUUUUCAGCUUCUUCAUCAUCUGCAUUGUUUUCAUCUGGAUACUGUUCUGCACGUCCAUACAUAAGACCUCCAACUGAUGUGCAUGUGAUUUGUUUAGAAUCUCUAGUCCAGUUUCAAUUUGAUUUGAAUGUGAACUAAAUUUAGUGACUUGUGUCAUCCUGCAGAGUCUGACCUGCUGUCCUGGACCAUCAGCAUGAGAGCUUUAGAAGAGUAAACACGUUUAAAAAAUGAUGCUUUGGAAUAUGCUUUCUUAGAAAUGUUUUUUUGUUGUUGUUGUUGUUGUUGUUGUUUUGUUUGUUUCCCAGAACUUGAAUGCAAGCAGAUUUUCCUUGACUGUGCUGUUAAAAUCAAAAUAUUUCUGUUUUAUGUACGCAGUAUUACUAAAUAAGUAUCUAAUAUACAAAGAAUGUUCUUGUCCAACAAAUGCAUAAAUCCAAGCUUUUUAAUUAAAAUGAAAGCUGAAGGUGUCAUAUGACUUUGUGAUCUAAAUAUGGUGUCCUGCCUCAUUUAAAGGGAGAAUUCCCAAAAACGAAACUUAUAAUUUCCUCACCAUGGCAGUGUUGCAAAUCUGUAAGACUUACUUUCUUUGUAAAACAUUAAAGAACAUAUUUUGAGAAAUUUGAAUUAUCUAUAUAAUAAAAGUCAACAAUCACCAAAACAAUCCUUCAAAAUAUGUUAUGCUCCACAGAAGAGAGAGAGAGAGAGAGAGAGAGAGAGAGAGAGAGAGAGAGAGGGAAGAUACAUAUUUAGAAUGACAUGAAUAUAAGUGAUGACAUAAUUUUCAUUUUUGUGUGAUCUAUCCUUUUAACAGGCCCAUUAAUCACCCUCAGGAGAUCCUUUUUUUUUAAAGUUACCUUAAUGAAAAAACCUUAAUAAUCACAUUAUAUGAUUACUGUAGAUAAUAACACUUUAGUGCUGCAAAUCCAUUACUAUUUUGACAAAAUAUGUUGUUUUAAUUGUCGUUUUACAGAACAGAAGAGUUUUUGCAUCGAGUGUUUGGGAGCAUCAUUUUUUUUAAAUGAUAUAUUAAUUUUUCAGACUACAGAAGAGUUUGUUUAUUGAGAUUUUUAUCAUAUAUCCAUUUAAAUCUCAGCAUCUUUUGCUUUACUCAGUCGUAUCCUUCAGUACAGCAGCAUGAACACAGAACUCUGUCUCAAAGGUCACAGAGAACCUGAAAAUAAGGUACAUUUUAACCUUUCAGUUCUGCAAAGCAAAGGUUUGAAAUCCAUCACUAUAAGACACACAACAGACCACAGAAUACACUGACAGUAUUAGCUGAGGUUUUCAAAAGUAUAUAACUGAAUGUAGUGGUAAUUAUCACAGUGAUAACAAAGUUUUAUCUUAGAUUAUGACAUUUAUAAACGUUAUCAAAAUGUGAAAUCUGUUUUGGUUUUCUCUAUACGACAAAAACACAUGGUGAUCACUGGCUGUCAAGUUGAGUUCACUUUGCUUGGUUCAUUACAACCCUGGUUCCCUUGCAUACUAAACUAAAAUUUCACUACUAGACUAUUCCUGGUGCCCACUCAAAACAUCAAGACCAUGACGCAUCUGUCUGUUCUAGUAGGAGGAUUGUGAAAUUCUGUGGUCUCCCUUUCAAGAAAGCUUUUAGGUGGAAAGCAGAACCUCUGAAAAACAGUCUCCGUGUUCUUAUAUCCCUCCAUGUUUCAAAAUAAAAUGCAUUUUUAAAAAUGUUACCCUUACUCUUUAUUUCCAUUUCUUCUAUGCCAUCAAAUAUACAGCAACAAAGAAAAUGAGUUGUAAAGAUUUCAUUCAAGAUAAAAGAUUCUGCUCACAGAAAUAGAUCAGGUCUAUAAACACAGUCAUUCAGAAUGGAGGCGAGCAAUGAUGGUGAAGAUUGUGGGUGUGCACAUGGCCAGGAAGUUCAUCACUCAGAGUGUAUGUUCGUGUGCAGAAGUGUCACACACUCUGAGCACAUCGACAUGUUUUUAAAGUGGAUUACAAACUGUCUUUUAUUUUUAACUUUUGUUUAUCUCAUGCAUACAGAUGCAGAGAAUGAUUUCAGAACUGUUGAAGGACAAACUGUCAGUCUGCCCUGCCACUCACCCCCUAAUGACAGCGUACAAGUUUCUGUAGAGUGGACAAAACAUAGUGCAAACAGCACACCUAUUUGUAAACUGACUAUUAAUAACAUUACUGGAUCUAUCACUGGAGAAUGCAUUCCUCGUUUCAAAUUCAACAAAAAGUAUUUUACACUAAGUAUAGAAAAUGUUCAGCUCAGUGACGCUGAUAAUUACAGUUGUAAAACAACAAGAAUAAUUCUACCACCAUCAUUAGACUAUACCACAAAUGUGACACUCCAAGUUGCAGCUCGUCCACAUCUGCAGAAACUGGACAGCAGUAAUGGCACCUGUAUCAAUCUGCUCUGCUCUAUGGAGGAUCUGACCACUGAGUUGGUGAACUUCACCUGGAGCCAAGAGGGUCAUGGGUCACUUCAUCCAUUCACAUCUUAUCCCAUGAAGAGCGAGCUGCGUCUGUGUAAACCUGACUGGAGUGACGGAGACACAAUCACCUGUUACGCCAAUUACUCAAGCACACAAACCCAAAGAAGUAUACAUCUCACUUCACAGAAAGAAUCUGUCAAAGAUGUCCUGCUGCUGAUCAUCUCAGUCAGUUCUGCUGCAGGCCUCAUCCUCUGCAUCAUCCUUACCGUUGUUAUUUGCAAAUGCAGAAAGCGAGACGAAAGUGGAUCUAUAGUGUUCAGCAAUAAAGUCUAUGAGAACUUCAGUUUCGCCAUGGCCCGUCAGAACACACAGUCCAAUGAUAAACCACAGACAGAAGAGUGUAUUUAUGAGAACUAACUGCUGCUGCUUAUAUAACCUUUGCUUUAAAGCCAGAUCGGCCCACUUGUUAUGAAGGCAGUAUGAUGUAGGCAAAAGUGUGUUAGUAAGUGGUUUCGCUAAGAUAUUUUAUGGUGCACUGUGAAUGUGAAGCAAAUGCUUGCUGUAUUGUUUACAAUGCCUUCACUGACUUCAAAAACUGUAAGCAGGCACUUUAAACAAUCAGUAACUGUUUUCAUUGUUUUUAAGCACUGUAGGUGCGCUAAACUAUCAUGUCUUCUAAAUUAAAUUGAAUUAAAUUAUGAUAAUGAGCAAGGAUCUCAUAUCUGUUUUUUUUUCAUACAAUGCAAAGGCAUUAUUAAAAUUUCUAUUUGCACUUUUUGUUGUAUGAAUUUUGUUUUUGGUAUGGGAAUUAUUGUACUGUAAUAUUUCAUUACUUGUAAAUAAAUAACACAUUGUAAGUA